GGAAAUCCCUAUCCGGCUUUUGGUCUACACGUGCCUCUUCCUGAAAGUUGGACAAGAGUCCUGUAGUCCUGUGCUGCUGUACUUUCCCGUCGCGUCUCUGACAUGGAGGAAGUGCUAUCCUUCUGGGAUGUAGCCAUUGAUUUCUCUCCAGAAGAGUUGGAAUGCCUGGAGCCUGCUCAGUGGAAUUUGUACAGGGACGUGAUGUUGGAGAACUACAGCAACCUUGUGUUCCUUGGUCUUGCUGUGUCUAAGCCACAGCUGGUGACAUUUCUGGAGCAAAGACAAGGGGCUAUUGGUGUGAAGAGACAAGCAGCAAGCCCCGUGCCCCCAGGUACAAUAAGAAACAAGUUUAACGUUCACAGCAAGACCAUUAUUCAUGCCUCAGUAGGUAUUCAAGGCCAGAGAAUUCGUAAAGGGGAGAAACCCUACAAGUGUGAAGAAUGUGGAAAGGCCCUCAGUUCUCGUAAAACACUUUCUAUACACCAGAGACGUCAUACUGGAGAAAAACCCUACAAGUGUAAAGAAUGUUAUAAGGCCUUUAGUGCUCGCUCAUCACUCUUUAUACACCAGAAAAAUCAUACGGAUGAAAAAACCUAUGAGUGUGAAGACUGUGGCAGAUCAUUUUACUAUCCUUCAAUGCUGAAGCAACAUCAAAGAAUUCAUUCUGGAGACAAACCCUACAAGUGUGUAGGAUGUGGCAAAGUAUUUUCCUCUGCCUCAAGCCUUAAUAAACAUAACCAAAUUCUAUGUAAAGAGAAACCCUACAAGUGCAAAAACUGUGGCAGAUGUUUUUCCUCUUCUUCAUCCCAUAUACGACACCAAUUAAUUCAUUCUGAAGACAAACCUUACAAGUGUGAGGAAUGUGGCAGAGCCUUUGCUAUGCUUUAUUCUCUUACUCAGCACCAGCCUUUCCAUUCUAGAGAGAAAUCUUACAAUUGUGAACAGUGUGGAAGAUGUUUUUAUUCUUCCUCAUCCUAUGAAAAACACCAAUUAAUCCAUUCUGAAGACAAACCCUACAAGUGUGAGGAAUGUGGCCGAGCCUUUUUCCUGCUUUAUUCUCUUACACAGCACAAGCGUGUCCAUUCUAGAGAGAAACCUUACAAGUGUGAAGAAUGUGGUAAAGGCUUUUCUUAUAAUUAUUCCUUGAUUCAGCACAAGUUAAUUCAUAAUGGAGUGAAGUCUUAUCAAUGUGAAGAAUGUGGGAAGAUGUCUUAUUCUACUUCAAAACUGAAGAAACAUAAAAGACUUCAUAGUUUAGAGAAACUGUACAAAUGUGAAGUCUGUGGAAAAGCCUUUUCUACUAAUUUUUCCCUGAUUCGGCAUAAAAUAGUUCAUACUGGAGAGAAACGCCACAAAUGUGAAGAGUGUGGCAAAAUGUUUGCCUGUACCACAAAACUGAAGAGACAUAAAAUAAUUCAUUGUCAAGAGAAGCCUUUCAAAUGUGAAGUCUGUAGAAAAGCCUUUUCUACUAAUUCUUCUCUGAUUCGGCACAAAAUAGUUCAUACUGGAGAGAAAUGCCACAAAUGUGAAGAGUGUGGCAAAAUGUUUUCCUGUACCUCAAAUCUGAAGAGACAUAAAAUAAUUCAUUGUCAAGAGAAACUUUUCAAAUGUGAAGUCUGUGAAAAAGCCUAUUUUACCAAUUCUUCCCUGAUUAGGCAUAAAUUAGUUCAUACUGUAGAGAAAUGCCACAAAUGUGAAGAAUGUGGCAAAAUGUUUGCCUGUACCUCAAAUCUUAAGAGACAUAAAAUAAUUCAUUGUCAAGAGAAACCCUUCAGAUGUGAAGUAUGUGGCAAGGAUUUUCGUACUCGCCCAUACCUUUCUAUACACAAGAGAAGUCACAUGAGUGAGAAACCACACAAAUGUGAAGAAUGUGGAAAAACGUUUUCUACUCUAUCAUGCCUUACUUUGCACAAGUUACGUCAUUCUGGGGAGAAAUCCUAUCAAUGUGAGGAGUGUGGCAAAAUGUUUUACUCUACUUCAGACCUUAACAGUCACCAAAAAAUUCAUACUGGAGAGAAACCAUACAAGUGUGAAGAGUGUCACAAAACUUUUAGUACACUUACAAACCUUAAGGUACACAAGACAGUUCAUACAGGAGAGAAACCCUACAAGUGUGAAGAGUGUGGCAAAAGGUUUUCCUAUGCUUCAGACUAUAAAGCACAUCAAAGAAUUCACUGUGAAAACAAUCCUUAAAAGUGUGGGGAAUGUGGUAAAGCCUUUACUAAGCUGUAUACACUUACUCAGCACAUGCUUGUUCACACUGGAGCGAAACCGUACAAGUGUGAAGAGUGUGGCAAAAGAUUUUCUUGUUCUUCAUAUGUUCAGGUACAUGAAACAAUUCAUUCUGAAGAGAAGGCCUUCAAGGGUGGGGAAUGUGAUAAAGUCUUUGUUACUCAAUAUAACCUUUCUCAACACAAGCUAGUUCAUACUGGAGAGAAACCACACAAAUGUGACCUGUGUGGAAAAGGAUUUACUAACCCUUCUGUUCUCACCAAAUACAAGAUAGCUCACACUGGAGAGAAACCCUAUAAGUGUGAAGCAUGUGGCAAAGGAUUUUCCUAUUCUUCAUUCCUUAGAAGACAUCAAAUAAUUCACUCUAAAGAGAGUCUCUACAAGUGUGAAGAAUGUGACAGAACCUUUACUAUGCUGUACACACUUAGCAAGCACAAGUUGGUUCAUAUAGGAGAGAAACAGCACAAGUGUGAGGAGUGUGGCAAAGGAUAUUCCUCAUCUUCACUCCUUAAAAGACAUCAAAUAAUUCAUUCUAAAGAGAAGGCCCAAAAGCCUAUGGAAUAUGGCAAAUUUCUGUUACUCAUUUCUCAUCACAAGACAGUUCAUAUUGUAGAGUUUUGUAAAGUUCCUACAAAGUUUGUACUUCUUUAGCACCUAAAAGGCAUCAAGGAACUCAUUCUGAAUAGAAGCUCCACAAGUGUGUGCAAUGUGGUAAAGCCUGUGCUCAGAUUUUACACAGCGCAAGUGAAUGUAGGGAGUAGAGAAGCCAUGCAUGUGGGGAGAAUGGCAAGUGCUUUACCAGUCAGUCAAAUGUGAAGGAAGUGACAGGGUUUUAGUGUUUCCUCAUAUCUUAAAUAACAACAGUCUACAUCCUGAACAUCAGAGCUGUAAUGUGAAGGAUGUGGUGAAGGUUUCAUUUAUCGUUCAGUCCUGGUUCAACCUUAGUAAUCUGCACUUGAGAGAAACCCUACUUGUGCAGAAAAGGACCAGGGUUGAGCUAUGCCUCAUGUCUAUGUAAGCAUCAGAGAAUACAUCCUGAUGAGGAGGCCUACAAAAGCAAUCAAGGUGGCAAGCUCUCUACCUGUUCUUCACACCUUAGGUAUCUGCAGAGACUUCAUACUGUAGAGGCACUCUGUACACAUAAAAGCCUUCCCUGAGCCUUGAAUAACACUUCAAGUCUUCAUCAGCACCAAAGAAUUACCGUAGGUGCAAUUCUUUGCAGGUACAGAGAAACCUGCAGGUACAGAUGUCCUCAUCAGCUGUAGAUGUCCACAAAACACUGCUGAGCACUAUCUGAAAGAUUCAAUUUAUUUGCUUAUGAACUUGUGUUCAUUGUAUUUUCUUGAUUUCUGUGUGAUGUAGAAGCCAGCCAGGAUAACCAGCACCACCCUGCACAGGAACUCCUUGAUUGCAGCAUUCUCCCAUUCCUACUGAUAGAAUAUGACAAAGAAUUUUAUAAGGUUACCCUAAAUUAACCAAGUUUUUCAUACUGGAGAGGAACCUGUGAAAUUAGACAGUAGUUGCGUGUUAAGCAGUUGUUCCAAACUCAAAAGGAGAAAUUUAGGCAUGAUUGAAGGUAGCAUACUCAGAAGAGAAGAGAAACUGAUCAUCCUUCACAUCAGAGUUCUUUCUGAUUUAGAAGCCCUACAGAUUAAUAGUGUGACAAAGGCUUAAGAGUAACCCUCAUUACCUGACAGAAUCCUUUGCAGCAUUUACACAUCAUAGUAGCAAAUUAGCUAUCAUGUAAAGCACUGCAUACCAGGGAAUAGCCGUCUUUCCUUAUCACUUAUAUAAUAAUGGAUCUAUUGAAGUAUAGUAGACACUAUUAAAUCAGAAAUGCAUAAAUGUGGGGUAUUGCUUACAAUUAACAAUAUGUUUCUGUGGUUGAAAAGUCAUUAUAGACAUCAGAAUGCUGCAAAUCACUCCAGACUACUCUAGGAGAACAGCUCAUGGUACUGCAGGAUGUGACUCCCCCUAAGUUCUUUGGAGUCCACUGUAUUUCAUCAGAAGCCCCUCAUGUUAAAUUGGACCUGCAAGAUUAUGUGUUCACCAUCCAGAAUUUGGUCCUUCAUCUGGUUCCAGUCAUGCCAACAGUAUUUGUUGAAAAGGCUGUCAGUUUUGGUUCCUGGUUUUGACACGUUGGAUAAAAUUGCAUGUCCGUUGCUUUAGUGUUUAUCUCUUGUUCUUAGGUUGCACUGUGUUGGUCUGCAUGUUUGUCUUUAUGUGAGUCCAUGCAAUCCUUUUCACUUUGGCUCUGUGGUGCAAUGUGAGAUCAGGAAAUAUGUAUCUUUGGUUAUUUCUGGUCUUUGGUGUUCCUAUGUGCUUUUCCCCUGUUCUAUGAUGGUUUUCCUUAGAAUUCUUACGUGGUGAAUAUGUAAAUAGUUUUAGUGAUGUAUUCCUUUCUACAAUAUGAACUCUGUAAUCCAGAAAUGUGCUCUUUUUUUCCAAGCCUUUAUUGCACCAUCCAUUUCUAAAUUUAUCUAGACUUACAACAAAUGAGUUUUAAAUUUUUCCAAGUGUGGCCUUUUUGUUUUAAUGUCUGAGUGUGUAUGUAUAUAUAUAUUAUGAAAUAUAUGUUUUUCCAUAUUCAGCCUUGCAUCACAAGAAGGGCAACAACUUGGAUUUGAUGGAUGUGGUGGUUUGAAUAGGUAUGGGCCACAAAGACACAUGUAUUUGAAUGCUUGGCCAAUAGAGUGUAGCACUAUUUUUUUAGGGGUUUGGGUCUCCUAUGUUCAAGCUACAGUCAGUGUGUCACACAGUCUCCUGCUGCUGCCUACAGAUCAAGGUAUAGAACUCUCAGCUCCUUCAGACCGUGUCUGCCUUCAUGCUGCCAUGCUUCCCUCUGUGAUGAUAAGGGACUAAACCUCUAAAAUUGUAAGCCAGCCCCAAUGAAAUGUUUUCUUUAUAGAAAUUGCUGCGGUCACAUUGUCUCUUCACACCAAUAAAACUAUGACAAUGUGUAACUGUAA